AUGGCCGAGUCAAAGAAGAGUGUUCUCGCGCAAGGCGCUCAAAACUUCAAGGACCUCUUCCACUGGAAGGUUCGCUCGACUAUUGUCGAUGAUAACGGCGAGGAACAAGUCGUCUGGGAGAAGCCUAGCCUGCCUCCCAACCCCUUCCGACUGGUCACCAUGCUUGGAUUGGCGGGUUGGUGUGCGUACCUGAUCGGAUUCAGCGCCUGGACUGCCGACGCCUUCGACUUCCACGCGCUUUCGAUUCAAACCACCAAGAUGGCCAAGCACUUUGGCGUGUCCAAGACCAAGGUCACCGAAGCAAUCACCCUAACUCUCCUUUUGCGAUCAGUAGGUGCUGCGAUCUUUGGUGUGUUUUCUGACUACUUCGGCCGCAAGUACCCACUCGUCGUCAACAUGUGGUGCCUGGGCGCUCUCCAGGUCGCUUCGAUCUACUGCCGAACCUUCAACGAAUUCCUCGCCGUUCGUGCACUCUUUGGUCUGUUCAUGGGAGGCGUCUACGGAGCUGCUAGUUCGAUGGCGCUUGAAAACAUUCCCGCCGAAGCAAGAGGUCUCAUGAGCGGUAUCUUCCAGCAAGGUUACUCGUUUGGCUACGUGCUCGCUGCUUGUGUCAACCUGGGUGUCGGUGGAGCCGUCAACACUUGGCCCAUCAUGUUCUGGGUCGGAGCUGGCUUUAGCUUUGCUGUUGGUUUCUUGCGUCUCUUGUGGCCCGAAUCCAAGCAAUUCAUCGAGGCUCGCAAAGCCAGCAAGGGCACGGGCACCAAGAACUUCCGCAAGAGCUUUGGCGCCAUGCUUCGUAAGGAGUGGAAGGUUUGCAUCUUCGCCAUCAUUCUGAUGAGCUGGUUCAACUGGCUCUCUCACAGCUCUCAGGACAGCUACACCACCUUCAUGCUCGCCGGAAAGAAACUCAACAACACCGCUGCUUCCAGGGCCAGUAUCAUCAUGAAGGUAGGAGCGUGCGUCGGUGGUACGAUUUGGGGCUACAUGUCGCAGUGGAUCGGAAGGCGAAGGGCCAUGAUCUUUGCUUGCUUGCUCUGCUGCUGCCUUAUCCCAGCCUGGAUUCUGCCCAGCACCGAAUCUGGUCUCGAAGCCGGCGGAUUCAUGAUUCAGGCCAUGGUUCAAGGUGCUUGGGGAGUUGUUCCCGUGUACCUUGCCGAGAUCUCGCCUCCGGCAUUCCGAGCGAUCUUUGUUGGUCUCACUUACCAGCUGGGUAAUGCGAUCUCAUCGCCCUCGACUCAGCUGAUCAACUACCUCUCGGAGAACAACUUUAUUCACACGUCCAAGGGACGAGUGGAGGCGUAUGGACCGGUGAUGGCGUAUGCGACUUUGAUUAUCGCGCUAGGAUUGGCAGCUACCGCGUCGGUUGGUCCGGAGAAGAAGGGCGCACGAUUCGAGAACGCUGCAGCUGCUACCGCCGAGGCUCAGCCCGAACUGCCCGUCUACCACAAGGAAGUCGACAACAGCCCCGACACGAAAUCGAUCGAUUUGACCUACACUAUGACCGCUACUUCCAAGUAA